UUACGAUAUGUAUAUGUUAUCAUUUUAGAGAUUACGUAUGAAAUGUGAACAAGAUUGUUUCUCAAUUUCAUGAUUCUAUACGGUUUUGAAUCUGUAGCACUUUUUUUUGUAACGUUGGGCUCGCAUGCAAUGCCACGCGAUCUUGCGUGUUUUAUAUGAAAUUUCACAAAAUCGGAAAACUUUGACUUUACUUCCCUGUCGAUAAUAAUAGGUGUCCGAAUAAAUGCCCCUUCCCGCAUCUCGGGUCUAAUGUUACACCGUUAUCUGUUGACGUUGAGUUUGUGAACACGAGUUGUACAUUCCCACGCGUUCUAUUAACUUUUUGUGAAAGCACAAAAGAAAGAAAGAAAGAAAGAAAUUAUUCACGAACUUUGCUAGAUCAAGAAAGACCAGCGAGAAAUCACGAGGCAGGAGAAAUUUCGGUAAAGUUCGAAGAAACAAAAGCUAGGUAUGAUCGACGAGAAAACGAAACGCGAAUUCGAUAAAACGAUCGAUUUGAAUUUGUUUCUUCUGAAAUUGUGUGGUAUUGUUUCGUGCGGAGAUGGAUUCGCAAAUAGAAAUAUUUUGGCCUGGCUCGCGUUCAGUUGUCUAACAAUCUACAGUAUUUCAUACGUGCAUGAAUUCAUAACAAAUACCACUAAUCUGACCACUGCUCUCGAAUCAGUCGCGAUGAUCAUUUCAAUUGUAGGUGGUCACGCGCGAUAUACGAUCUUAUUAUGGUUUCGUGAUAUUUGCCAAACAAUGUUAAAUGUUUGUGAGAUUUUCUGGUCUAAUCUGAAGCCGCAUGAGAAAAAAAUCGUUCAAAGUUAUACAAGAAAAACGACAAGAUUGACACGUUGGUAUUUGGCCUCUUGUGUUCUCACUAUCGCGUUUUAUGCUUUUUUGGUUCUUUUCGGAUCUUUGUUCGAUCAAUCGAAAGAUUUCGAACAUAUUAUGAGAAACGAUAGUGGCCUCGUUCCGUCGGAAGCCGAAAAUGUGAUUUUGGAAUCAACGAACAAGCGACAUUUACCGUAUGCAUUUUUUCUUGAUGUACAGAAAACACCAUGGUACGAGAUCGUCUAUGCUCUUCAGUUAAUCAGCAUGUUUAAUGUCGGUUUUACUUGUGUUGGUGUGGAUACUGUCGGUGCUUUGUUCAUUUUAAUCACUUGUGGUUACUUCGAUACGAUUCAAUCGAGAAUUGAAAAUUUACACUCGUUCGAUACAUCGUUGUCGUCAUCGUUAUCGUUGUUGAAUAUAUUAUCAAGAAAAAUAACGACAGCGAAAAUGUCGGAUAUUAAAACAGAGACAUCAAACAGUGUACAAAUGAAAAAUUUGCGAAUAUGCGUAAUUCAUCAUCAAUUAUUAUUGAAAUUUUGUGAGGACAUUGAACAUCUGACGAGCGGAAUGUUUUUUAUUCAAGUAAUCGCUAGUACAUAUAAUAUUUCAUUGGUUGGCUUUAAAUUGCUUGAAGACACUCCAGACAAAUUCAAAUAUAUCACGCAACUCAUAAUCCUCAUUAUUCAACUUUUUCUUUGUAAUUGGCCGGCGGAUCUUCUUCUUUCAAAGAGUGUAGAUAUUAGCCGAGCCACAUAUUCAAUGCCUUGGUAUGGAUAUUCCUAUAAUCUACAGAAAAUAACGAAUAUACUUAUGGUCAGAAGUCAAAAAGCAGUUCGCUUAACAGCUGGAAAAUUCAUCGGGCUUUCACUGGAAACAUUUGCCUCUAUGAUAUCCACCGCUGCCUCAUUUUUCACCAUGGUUCGAAGUAUGAAUUAAAACUCGUUUUAUAAAACGAAGAAUAUCAUCCAAGAUGCACCAUUUUCUUCUCUUCAUCCGUUCAUUCGCUGGUUCGUUGAUCCAAUGGACAUUAUAUCAAUGUUUUUAAGCGAAUACGAAUAGAUGGCUAAUCGAAUAAACGAUUGCCUUAUAUCUACCAAUCAAUCAAUUUUCACAUCUUUUUUCGAUUGUUUUUUUCUCGAUCGAAAAGAUGAAAUAUAAGUUAAAA